AUGAACAAAUUCAUCACUGCUCUUGUCGCAACUCUUCUCUUAGCUGCAUGCUUGGUCAACUGCCAAUAUAGCAACAAUUAUGGCAACAAUUAUGGUUCAUAUGGAGGUGCUGGUUCUAACUAUGGAGUCACUGGAGGAAAUUACAAUCAAUAUGCUCAAAACACUCAAUCCUAUUUGAAUCAAAUUAAUGCUGUCAACUCAAAUCCAUACUCAAGUUAUGGAUCUUCAUAUGUUGGUCCAACAAGUUAUGGAAAUAAUUAUGGAAGUGCUUACUCAAUGCCAUUCUAUGGUGGAUAUGGAGGUUAUGGAGUUCCAUAUUAUGGUGGAUAUGGAGCUGUUCCUUAUUAUGGUGGUUAUGGUUAUGGCGCCGGAUAUGGUUGUGCUGGAGGUGUUAGAUGGUGUUAA